UAAAAAGGUAAUUUCACGGGCAUCGUCGUCUCCAAUUGCAAAUUUCAAUCCCCGCUGUCGUUCAGUUUCGUCGCUCGUUUCGAUCCACCGCGGAAGGAGAGAUUAAAGAGGGACGAGAGAAAACCCUCGGGCGAAAUCGUCGGGCUCGAAACCCUAGGAAGAGGAGCUGCUUCCGUCUCCAAUUCGGGCUUGAAUGCUACCUUGUAAGUUCUUCCCUUUGAAGGAUUUGUCAGUCUAAUAGAGGAAGAGUCGAUUGGUUUGUCAAAAAAGAAAAAAAGAAAAAAAGAAAAAAAAAAAAGGGCAGAUUUUUUAUGGAUCACCUAGCAAUCAUUGCUACCGAUUUGGGUGAUAGUUCGGAUUUCGAGGUGGAUGGUGUGAGGUGCGAAAACCUGACGGAGAAUGACGUUAGUGAUGAAGAAAUCGAUGCGGAAGACCUCACGAGGCGCAUGUGGAAAGACCAAAUUAAGCUCAGGAGGAUCAAGGAGCGGCAGAAGCUCGCUUCUCAGCUGGCUUCUUCGGACAAAACUAAGACUAAACCCACCUCUGAUCAAGCUCGAAGGAAGAAGAUGUCGCGGGCCCAAGACGGGAUCCUUAAAUACAUGUUAAAAUUGAUGGAGGUGUGCAAUGUACGCGGGUUCGUCUACGGAAUAAUACCCGAAAAAGGAAAACCAGUUAGCGGGGCUUCUGAUAAUAUUCGAGCUUGGUGGAAGGAGAAGGUUAAGUUUGAUAAGAACGGGCCAGCGGCUAUAGCGAAGUAUGAGGCGGAGAACUUUGCUGCUGAAAAUUCUCUUAGUAAUGGAAGUAAAAAUCUUCAUAGUCUAAUGGAUCUUCAAGAUGCUACUUUGGGCUCUCUCCUUUCUUCUUUAAUGCAGCAUUGCAACCCACCUCAGCGUAAAUAUCCUUUAGAGAAGGGGGUUCCUCCCCCAUGGUGGCCGACGGGUAAUGAGGAGUGGUGGGCUCCUUUGGGCUUACCAAAGGGUAUGAGCCCGCCUUAUAAGAAGCCGCAUGACCUUAAGAAGUUAUGGAAAGUUGGGGUUUUGACUGGUGUGAUCAAGCACAUGUCUCCUAACGUUGAGAAGAUUAAAACGCAUGUACGGAAAUCCAAGUGUUUGCAGGAUAAGAUGAGCGCGAAAGAGAGCUUGAUUUGGCUAGGAGUGUUAAACAAAGAAGAAAUGGCCCUUCACCAGCUAAGUAGUGAUAAUGGGGUAUCUGAAAUAAGUCAACGUAGUGGUCAUGGGGAGCGCAGGGAGGAUACAAAUAGUAGUAGUAGCGAAUAUGAUGUCGAUGGCUUUGAGGAGAGAAAUCCGAAUUUGGUUGCGAAUACUAGUGGGGAAACUUCAAGUUCAAAAAAGAAGGAAAACAGUUCGCCUAAAGAUGCAGAGCAAGUUACUGAACCGAGAAAGAGAAAAAGGUCAGGUGACAUGAGUUCGGCACUUGUUGAGCAGCAGGCAGAAGCCACUCAGGAUGAAAACCGACAAGAGAAUUUGCGAAAUGGGAUGCCAAAUAUGAAUCACACAUACGUGCCGGUUGCGGCUUAUCAGCCAGUUAGUUUUGAUCGAGUGAAUCGUACGUAUCAAACUUCACAGCAUCAUGAAGAUCUUCAAAACCAGAUUAUUGUUCCUGAAACUGGGGUUAAUAAUUAUGCAAGUAUUCCUCAUGAUGUCCCUCCAAUAAACAUGUAUAUGGGAGGACAGCCUUUACAGUAUACUGAAAAUGAUUUAUUGGAGUCUCGAGGCACUCUUCAAUCUGGCAGUAGAAUUGAAUUUGUCUCUCCAUCUAAUUAUUAUGGGCCCUCACAAGGAAAACAACAGCUCCAGUCUAAUGUAAUUGAUCAGCAGAUGAGAACAUUGGUUUCUGAGGUACCGGUUCAUAGUAGUAAUGUUUUUACGGGACAUGCAUUGGCAACUAGCGGAAAUUCCAAUGCAGUUGCUGGCGACAUGCAUCCAUUCAUGGAUGAACCUUUCUACAAUGAACCAGAUAAGUUUGUUGGCAGUUCGUUCGAAGGGUUGUCCUUAGAUUUCAUCGGGAUUGGCAGUCCUUCCUUAAGUGGCCUAGAUGAUUUGCUGCAUGAUGACGAUAUUAUUGAGUAUUUAGGAACAUAAGUAAAGGCGUUGCAUAUCUCUUCAACUGACUGUUUCAUAGGUUCUACUUAAAAUUGUCAAUGGUAUACUUCAACCAAGUCAAAAAAGAUGGUAGUAUGCUCCUCUUACUGUCAGGUUUUAUUGUUCAAAAUGUUUUUAUAGAGAUUCUGAAUGAUAACGGACUUGAAUUCUUUUAAGAGUAAUGGCCCACAAGAUGGAAUGCUUUUAAGAAUAAUGGCCCGCAAGAUGGAAGGCUUUUAAGGAUAAUGACCCAUGAAAUGGAAGGCAACUUCUUCUAAGAUUACCUGGCCAUCCUUGAGUUGUUAUAUCUAUCUCCUUAGAGGUGUUUUGGUAAAAUUUUAUUGUUAUCUGGCUAGAAAAUAUGGCAUGAAUGACUUUUUUCGUUUAAGCUAUAUUCCUGGUGUUUGAAUGCAACUUGAUUAGUUUCUCUUGCUAUUCACCGCAAAACCAGGAAAUGGGAAACCAGAGGUAGUGAGGAGAGGAAUAGCCUGCAUAAUCGAAACUGCAAGGUUAGAAUCUAACCAUGCAAAACUUGUUAUAUUAUGUCACAGCUGAUACACGUUCUUCGACAACUCAUUUCAGCUGCAAGCUUUAUAUUAGCCUCAAACUAGUCAAAUCAGAUGCACCAAAUGCAUACAUCCUAUCGAAGGUUUUCUAGUUGUCUUUGGCAUGCAUACUUGGCAUUUUUAUUGCUAAGUGCGUGUAAAUGUUAACUUCAUUAUUUGAGAAUUUUACCUCUAUAACCAGAUAGGAGAGAGACCGCUCACCACAAGCCAUGACUAAUGAGCCUAGUCGCAGACUCACAAUAACUUCGUCUUCCUUCAUUCUCCAUUUCAUCCAUUUUUCACUUUAGACUCCUGUAUAUGAAGUGUUAAUUGUCAAGUGUGAGGUCAUUAAUUAUACCUUUCUGUGCAUAACCCUUUUCCUUUUGAUUUUUACUGGGUUAUAAUUUCUGGCUUUUGUAUCUCGGAUAUUUUUCAGCUACUUUAUAAUGAGUUACAUCUAUUAACAAUUUGAGAUGCUUUUCUGUUUCAUUUUUCCAUUCCUUUAAAUAGACACAAUAUUUCUGAAUUCUUCCCUCAAUUUUACAAUAUUUCUACUUCUCUGUAAUAUCCUGGACUCGCUACAACCCGCCGGUGAUGAGAAUGCUCUCAGACGCGGUCAGCGGCGGGGAUGAUGGUGAGGCUCAAAUUGGGAAUUUGAGGAAAUUGGGUGAGAAAAAGGGGGGAAGGAGAGAAUACAGAGACAGAGAUCAGAUUAGGAGUAGAUUGGAGAUAGAGAAGAGAGGAGAGGAAAUUGGGAAAAGCUGGGAGGAAGAAGAAGAAUUAUUGGGGAGAAAGAAAGUGUUAAUUCAUUUCAUUCAUUGCUAUCCCUUUCCCUGGUACAUUUACUAUUUAUACUAUUUUAUAUGUACUAAAAUGUAAAAUAGUACAAAAUAGGAGACUCAGUUGUAAAAGUUAAUAAAAUGGUAAAUGGGCCACCAAGGCUUCAAUCUGUGAGGAAUUUUGGGCUCUUAGACUGAGCUGAUGCAAUGGAAGAACGGCCUUGGACCGGAACGCCUCUUGAUAAUUCGACCUCAGCUCGGAUGCAUGUGUUGGCUUGUCUCAUUGGCUUUACGGUCGGAUCCGUCGCUUCCGACCACACGAUCCGUUAAGUAGGUUUAAGUAUGCCCUCCCAACCACUUUGUUUGCCUAGAUCCUAUUAGGCUCCUCGAUGCGUUCCGGAUGAGCCUAAGCUGUCGCCUUCUCGUUCUUCGCCGCUUCGACCACCGUUCGCCUUGGCUGCUACCUCCAUGAGCGGUCUUCAUCAGACCUCCAUAAGCUCUUUCUCAACUCUCGUUCUUUUAUUCCCUAUUUAUUAUUACUCUUCUAUAUUAUUAUCUACUUAGCCAUGACUCCUCCCUUAACUACUCAGGAUGUUACAUUCUCUUUGCAAUGUUAUAUCUUUACCUGAUGAAUUUUGAUGAUGUGCUUCCUGAAGUCUGACCUUUCUCAGAAUAGAAGCCUAUAUAUCUUAAUUUAUUUUGCAUAGUGAUUGUUAACACCCUUACCAUGCCAAGAUCCUGAAACAGUCUCCAUCUUGUAAAAGCCAUCUUUUUUUCCAGCUUAUGGCUAAUUACCUUAACCUUAAGUAUUACUUGCUACCGGAAUCUGGCUGUGAUCUUGUCUUUUUGCUGGCUUUUAUGCUUAAAGAUCUCAUCUAUAAGAUCUAGAGCAUAUCCUGUAUAACGGUCCUAGAAUCUUGCUGUAUGUUUUAUACUAUUUGCGACUCCUUGCUCAGUGUUUUCAGAGACAUUCAAGCCCUUCAGGAGUAAUCCAAUUACAUUUUGGUGUCAACAAUGAUCUACAUCUUUUUAGCAGGAUUUACUGUAUGAGCAAUUCUCUAUGAUGCUUUCUUUUAGUUACUCCUGUGACUGUCUUUAACUAUCAUUAUUCUGUAUGGAAUAUGAAGAAGCCUUUUGGGCUGACUGAGAACCUAUUGCACUGUAAUUCUUAUGGAGUAAUUAAUUCUUAAUCUUAUCUUC